AUGGAGANCGCAGCUUCCAUCUCCGGUGAGAGCCACACGCGAUGGAGAUCCGAGAAGCAGCAACGGAUCUACUCAGCCAAGCUGAUCCAAGCGCUGCAACAAGUCCGCCUCAACUCUUCCGCCGCGGCGACAUCGUCUCCCACGGCUCAGAAACGAGGCAGAGCCGUCCGUGAAGCCGCGGACCGAGCUCUCGCCGUUUCCGCUCGCGGAAGAACGCUAUGGAGCAGAGCGAUCUUAGCUAAUCGGAUCAAACUGAAAUUUCGUAAACAGAAACGUCCGAGAGCGCCGACGACGGCGAUCCCGGCCAUGAUGAGCACCAACAACAACAGAUGGAGGAAACGAAGAGUCUCGGCGGUGGUGACAUUGAAUAAGAAGAGUAUACCGGCUGUAAACAGGAAAGUUCGAGUUCUAGGCCGGUUAGUUCCGGGUUGUGGAAAAGAAUCAGUACCGGUGAUUCUAGAAGAAGCAACGGAUUACAUUCAGGCUCUGGAGAUGCAAGUCAGAGCCAUGAACUCUUUAGCUGAGCUUCUCUCCAGCUACGGUUCAGGCUCAGCACCUCCUCCGCCGAUUUGAUGAAGGUUAAAUUCGUCAUUUUCCCAAUAUUCAUCCCUUUCCUCUUGUCUCUCUCUGUACAACCAAAACUUUCAUAUAAAUAGAAGAUUCGGUUUGAGUAUAUAUCAUCUGUCCCAACUGUUGAUUUCUUCUCCGCUGUAACUAUAAGGUUAGUAGUGGUUUUGAACUGAUUAAAUAGAUUAAUUAUCCCAA